AUGUCUUCGGAACUGACACCAUUGCAGCGAAGUGUGCUCGAUAAAUAUCGCUUCCUAGCGGAGUCCUUAAGGGAAUUGAGCGAAACACUUUCAGAUCUAAACAACACCCAUGAGGACUCAAAACCGGAAGCAAUUUUACAAGAGAUGCGAGAAAUUGAAGUGAAAAUAUCUCUUGUAAGUACGCUUCUCAAAGGUAGCGUAUAUUCACUCGUGAUACAGCGACGGAUGGAUCACCAACAAAAACCUUCAGAUCUAUGA